UUGGCAGAUUCGGAACGGAGUCGAACACGCGGAGGGCCACGCUUUUUGUUGCUCGCGUCCGAUGAAUCGAAGUUUGGUUUUGAUUGUUGGAGUGUAGUAGGGCGAUCGGGAUCGUUUCGUCGCAGUUGUGGGUGAAUUGAGUGGCGGGCAAUUGAUCUGAGGGAUUUUUUUUUGCGCUGCCCGGUGCACGGAUGGCCGUCCGGAAAGUUCAAAAGGAAGACGAGGCCACAUCCGCUGAACCGUGAAUGUGUACCCUACGUGGAGUGCAUUGAGUAAGCCGUUCGCGUAUUCCGGGUGCCCCGUGAAUGACGACAAGUGCAGGAGCACACCAGCUGGGAAGUAAAGGAAUUUUCAUUUGGCAAUGAUGAUAAAGUGAAUGGGCGUCCCGGUGGGAAUUAAACUUGUAUUAAAGUGGAAAGAAUUCCGACUGGAAUCUGACUCCGCUACUUUGAAGCGAGACCGAGCGUUUCGACUAGCUACUAUGUGAAUGCUGUUGCCGAAAUUUGUAUCUCUGGAAUAACGUUUUUCUCGUUCAGUGUUCGCUGCCGCCUGAAGCAUAUUCGUGCUUAAGUAGGAAUUCGUUUUGCCGAUUGUGUCUGUGGUGCUUCACAAGAAAUUUGCUUGAAAACAAAGAAAAAUUAAACCCCAUAUCCGUUCUACAUUACUUAUACAUAGUGAAAUAUUCAAAUAUCUACCAUAUCACAUAUUUGAAAUUCGUGUUUAACCAUCCUGUGCAUCAGUGGAAUAACCUAAAGUCAAGGUAGCAUUAACCGGCUAACAUACGCACAUACAUACAUACAUAUAUCCUAAUCACGACGAAAAUAUAUAAAGCAUAACCAUUACUAUUAUCAUAACCGUUAUCAAUCAUAAAAGAGCGCCCACGCUGGGAAAUAUAAAGAAACCAUCCGAAAAUUGAAUCUUCAUAUGUAAAUGUGCAAAAAUAUCCACCUCAACAAAACCGUGUAUCUUUUGAAAAUCGUGCAAAAGUAAAAAAAAAUCGAAAUGUGAGUGAUAAAACAAAACGAGCAUUGCUAUUUCACCUAAGAAAGGAAUAAGAAAAAAGUUCGCCUCCCCCAUAGAAGAAAGUGGUAGGUAAAAGUUGCAGUGAAAUGUGAAAAGUUUAAAGCGGUGAAUUCUGGAAGUAGAAAACAAAAGCACCGACUGAGUGACAGUGUUUUAUCCCUGAGAAAUAAAAAGAGUCGAAGAAACAACACAUCAGAACAAGUGGAUCAUUAAUCAUCAUCGUGUAUCGUCCUACGAGACGACUGCUGGGCGUGCUUGGAGAAACCUUAGCCUUGGAUAUUCCGCCCGCCGUGUCAAGAAACGGAACCGGAGGAAAGUUCACGAAACCGUGUCACAUCCGGUGUGCUGAACCAAAUCCGAUAGAAGUGUAAUAUAAAAAUAGAAGAAUCAACAGUGCAGCAGCAGAAGCAGCAGGAUAAAAAAAAGACAAACUGCCAAAACACAAUGUCGGACCACCAGCAACAACUACCGAUUACGACGCCUCCUCGCCGUUGCAACGAACAUCCGGCCUUGGCAGCGGCAGCCCUUUUAGGCAAUCACGGCGGCCAUGGUUCGGCCGAAUCUUGCAAAAACUCCCCAAACGUUCCGAGGCGUCUGGAAACACAUCAUCAUUUGCUGCUGGAAAGUGGCAGCCAGAGUGCGGCCAAUUCGCCCCUCCCAAAUCGGCGUCUGGACAAGCUACAGGGUGUAAUUCGGGACAAAAGCUCACCCUUGUGCGGGCGCCGGGGAGUUCAAGAUGGCGAACUUGGUCCGGUCGGUUUGUCGUCGAUGAUUGACUACCAGGAUUCGCCUAUCGUGUCCCGAAAGUUCAACCAAGGCCAGGAUUGUGCUUGCAGCCGGCAGCAACAGCAGCAGUUGCAGAAGCUUAAUCACACGGGAUGCGUCCAAGGAGUUCCCCCGAUGAAUCUGGCCAUGCGGAAGCGGGGAGACUCGGAUUGCACCUGCAUGAGGAAAAACAUCAUCCGAAAUCAGUACAGUGCCAGUUUGAUGAAGACCAGUGCUAUUGGGGGUAGUGGUUUCGAUAGUGGAGCCAGUUCGUCUGAGAAUACGCCACUUUUGCGACGUAAAGAUCCGUUCCUGCCGAGUUCUCCGGCCAAGGGCGUUCUCGGUGAGCCAGGGGUGUUCAGUUCACCGGUUCACCAUCAUCACGCCGCCUCUAACAGCUGCGGCAACAGUGGAAGCAAGCUGUUGGUGGAUCAUGGGGGUGGCCAUUGUGUGGGGGGCUCUAUUUUCGGCAGUCCGGCCAAAAGUGUACUGGGUGAACCGGGAGUUUUUAAUUCGCCGGCCCGUAGUGUUUGCAGUCCUACUGCUGGUGCUGGAGAUUAUGAGGGAGUGGAAGUGCUUCCAGGUGGAACAACUGGAGACGGUGCAGAUGUGUUGGCGAACGAUCAGACUAUCGUGUCCGGCUGGCUCAAGUUCCGUGACAACAAAAAGUGGAAAAUCCGAUGGGGAGUUGUUACCAAGUUAUCUCCGGCAGCAGCUAUUUUUACUAGCUACAUCCGUGCCGGGGAAAAUUUCCGGCAAGAAAGAUGCAACCACCUAGGCGGUGUGGUGCUGCAAUAA